AUGGUCAGAGAUGAAGAUGAAAUCAGGCCUGAUUCUGAGACUGAAUUUCCAUUCAUUGAUUCAACUGAAGAUUCAGCUGAAGAUAUAGUUGUACUUGGAAAAGGAAGUCCAGAAAAUCUGGUUUUUGAAUGGGUUCUUUCAGACUGGUCUGCUUGCUCUAAAACUUGUGGUGGAAAUGGUUAUCAGCUUCGGGCUGCUCAUUGCACAGUAAAACUACACAACAAUACUCAAGACGUUGAUAGUAAUUUAUGCGUUGAUGCUGGCUUACAUAUCCCACAAACAAUACGUAAUUGUGGUCUUUCAACUUGCCCUUAUUGGGUAGCUUCUCCAUGGCAACCUUGUCUAGAGUCAAGGUGUUUCACAUAUAAUACAGCUAUGCAGAGAAGAGGUAUUGAGUGUCAGAUUGACAAUAAUACCUUAGUUGAACAAGAACUUUGUGACGAGCAAACUAAACCUACAAUUCGACAAGAGUGCUUUAAUGAUAAAUGUAAAGGAACAUGGAGGGUUGGGGAUUGGUCUGAGUGUACAGCUCAGUGUGAUAGUCAAGGAGUUAAAUAUAGGAUUUUGCAAUGUGUUUGGUAUGGAACAAAAAAACCAGCUGGUAAUGCAUGCAGAGAAAUUCCAAGACCUACAGUCAUGAAAAUGUGUAAAGGACCUCCAUGUUCUGAUAAAUCAGAUUGUCACGACCACUCAAAAUAUUGUCAGAAUAUAAGGGCGAUGAACAUGUGUAGAAUGUAUAGGUAUCAAACUCAAUGUUGCCAAUCCUGUAGCAUUAACAAGCAUUAA